GUAAUUGCAAGCUUUCGAGGAACAAAUCCACAUGGCUUAACACUGGAAAUUGGGGACACAGUUCAAAUAUUAGAAAAAUGUGAAGGUUGGUACAGAGGAUUUGCAUUAAAGAACCCCAAUGGCAAGGGCAUUUUUCCUGCAAGCUAUGUACAUAUCAAGAAUGCAUCAGUAAAAAACAAAGGGCAGUUUGAAAUGGUAGUACCAACAGAAGAUGCAGUCAUCACAGAGAUGACGUCCACACUCAGAGACUGGGGCACUAUGUGGAAACAGCUAUAUGUGAAGAAUGAAGGUGAUCUUUUCCAUCGCCUCGGUCACAUAAUGAACGAGAUCCUGGAUCUGCGCAGACAAGUGCUAGUGGGGCACCUGACUCACGAUCGAAUGAAUGAUGUAAAACGACACAUUACAGCCCGUCUGGAUUGGGGAAAUGAGCAGUUGGGACUGGAUUUGGUUCCUAGGAAAGAAUUUGCCAUGGUGGAUCCAGAAGAA